UCUCUGCUGACGUCGGCGUCCUGCGUGACGUAGAUCAGCACCGGAGUGACGAGACAGUGCUCGAGCUCGGACUCACCUCUCUGUGUCGUCCAGGUGAGCGCUGCGGAGAGGAAAGCCCCAGGUGAGCGGCGACAGAGAAAGCAGGAUCCAGGGGACGAUCUCAGGAGUAGGAGCCGUGGAGAAGUUAACCCCAAACAGCAGGAACUAGAGGAGCAGCUCCAGAGGAGCGUGGAGGGGCCUCCUAGCCUCGGGGAACUUGCUGCUGUGUUGUUCUUCCAGGAAGGGAAGAGGGGGUUUUAAGGAGCCGUGGCUGAUCUGCAGCCAUGCACCGCUUAAGGACUACAGUUUUAAGGCUUCGGCCUUUAGCAGCAUCACAGACAGCCCCGAGCCCAUCGCAGCCCAGACUGUGGGCCAUCGAAGGGGGCUUAAGGACGUUUAAGCCUGCGAGGCGCCUGAACUCAUCAGCGGCUGCUGAGCCCUUUCUUAAUGGCACCAGCUCUAACUAUGUGGAGGAGAUGUACUAUGCGUGGCUGGAGAAUCCCAGGAAUGUGCACAAGUCCUGGGAUAUAUUUUUCCGUAAUGCUAACGCCGGGGCUCCGCCUGGUGCAGCCUACCAGAGCCCUCCACCCCUCAGUGGGUCUUCUCAGGGACUGGCCGGUGUCCGGGCACUGGUGGGGGUCCAGCCCAAUGUGGAGAAGCUGGUGGAGGAUCAUCUAGCAGUACAGUCACUCAUAAGAGCAUACCAGGUACGAGGACAUCACAUAGCCAAGCUGGACCCUCUGGAGAUCAGCUGUGUGGACUUUGACGAUGCCCCCUGUACCGUUGGCUUCCAGAACGUUGGUUUUUACGGACUGACUGAGUCCGACUUGGACAAAGUGUUCCGGCUUCCCACCACCACCUUCAUCGGUGGCAGCGAGAGCUCUUUGCCUCUCAGGGAGAUUAUACGACGCCUGGAGAUGGCCUACUGUCAGCACAUCGGAGUCGAGUUUAUGUUCAUUAACGACGUGGAGCAGUGCAAGUGGAUCAGGCAGAAGUUUGAGACACCAGGAGUCAUGCAGUUCAGUCCGGAGGAGAAGAGGACUCUUCUGGGCAGGAUGAUCCGAUCCACAAGGUUUGAGGAGUUCCUCCAGAGGAAGUGGUCUUCUGAGAAACGGUUCGGUCUGGAGGGUUGCGAAUCGCUCAUCCCGGCCCUCAAGACCAUCAUCGACAAGUCCAGCCAGAGCGGAGUGGAGAGUGUGAUCAUGGGGAUGCCUCACAGAGGGAGGCUGAACGUUCUGGCUAACGUGAUCCGGAAGGAGCUGGACCAAAUCUUCUGCCAGUUCGACUCUAAACUGGAAGCUGCUGACGAGGGUUCUGGUGAUGUGAAGUAUCACUUGGGGAUGUAUCACAAGAGGAUGAACCGGGUCAGCGACCGGGAGAUCACCAUGUCUCUCAUGGCGAACCCGUCCCACCUGGAGGCCGUGGACCCGGUGGUUCAGGGAAAAACCAAAGCCGAGCAGUUCUACUGCGGAGACACUGAGGGCAAGAGGGUGAUGUCCAUUCUGCUUCACGGCGACGCUGCGUUUGCAGGCCAGGGUAUCGUGUACGAGACGUUCCACCUGUCUGACCUGCCGUCCUACACCACACACGGCACCAUACACGUGGUGGUCAACAACCAGAUCGGUUUCACCACAGAUCCCAGGAUGGCGCGUUCGUCUGCUUAUCCCACAGACGUGGCGCGUGUCGUCAACGCUCCCAUCUUCCACGUCAACGCGGACGACCCUGAGGCGGUGAUGUAUGUGUGUAAAGUGGCGGCCGAGUGGAGGACCACCUUCCAUAAAGAUGUAGUCGUGGACCUGGUGUCCUACAGACGUAACGGCCACAACGAGAUGGACGAGCCGAUGUUCACGCAGCCGCUGAUGUACAAGCAGAUCAAGAAGCAGAAAUGUGUCCUGCAGAAGUUUGCAGAAAAAGUCAUCGCAGAGGGCGUCGUCACAACACAAGCGUACGAGGAGGAAGUAGCGAGCUAUGACAAAAUAUGCGAGGAGGCUUACGCUCGCUCCAAAGAUGAGAAGAUCCUUCACAUCAAACACUGGCUGGACUCCCCGUGGCCCGAUUUCUUCACAUUGGAGGGACAGCCUAAAACUAUGAACUGCCCCUCCACCGGCAUCAGUGAGGAAGAGCUCGGCCAUAUUGGAAACAUCGCUGCCUCUGUUCCCGAGGAGGACUUCUUGAUCCAUGGAGGUUUGAGUCGUAUCCUAAAAGGCCGAGCAAAUAUGGUGAAUCAGCGAGUGUGUGACUGGGCUCUGGGGGAAUAUAUGGCCUUUGGCUCUCUGCUCAAAGAGGGGAUCCACGUUCGCCUCAGUGGACAGGAUGUGGAGAGAGGCACGUUCAGCCACCGUCAUCAUGUUCUUCACGACCAGAACGUUGAUAAGAGGAUCUGCAUCCCGAUGAACUACAUCUCCCCCGAUCAGGCUCCUUACACCGUCUGCAACAGCUCUCUGUCGGAGUAUGGAGUGUUGGGUUUUGAAUUGGGCUUCGCCAUGGCCAGUCCCUACGCUCUGGUUCUGUGGGAGGCCCAGUUUGGAGACUUUAACAACACGGCUCAGUGCAUCAUCGACCAGUUCAUCAGCUCCGGUCAGGCCAAGUGGGUCCGACAGAACGGCAUCGUGCUGCUGCUUCCUCACGGCAUGGAGGGGAUGGGUCCGGAGCACUCGUCUGCCCGCCCUGAAAGGUUUCUACAGAUGUGCAAUGAUGAUCCUGAUGUUUUCCCUAAACUGUCGGAGGACUUCGCGGUGCGUCAGCUCUACGACUGUAACUGGAUCGUCGUCAACUGCUCCACUCCUGCAAACUACUUCCACGUCCUCCGCAGACAGAUCCUGCAGCCCUUCAGGAAGCCUCUCAUCGUGUUCACUCCCAAGUCGCUGCUGCGCCAUCCGGAGGCCAAGUCCAGCUUUGACGACAUGCUGCCAGCCACACACUUCAAGCGUUUAAUCCCAGACGCCGGUCCUGCAGCCGCCGACCCAGAAAAGGUGAAGAGAGUCGUCUUCUGCUCCGGAAAGAUCUACUACGAGCUGACCCGAGAGCGCAAGAACAGAGGCCUGGACGAGACCGUGGCUGUGGUCCGGGUCGAACAGCUCUCCCCGUUCCCGUUUGAUCUGGUGAAAGCAGAGACGGGUCGUUAUGUGAACGCCGACCUGGUCUGGUGCCAGGAAGAGCACAAGAACCAGGGCUACUACGACUACGUCAAGCCCCGCAUCCGCACCACCAUCAACCACACCCGCCCCGUCUGGUAUGCGGGUCGUGACCCUGCAUCGGCUCCGGCCACCGGGAACAAACCGACUCACCUGACGGAGCUGCAGCGUUUACUGGACACGGCGUUCGACCUGGAGGCGUUCUCAGGGAAAGUGUAGUUUAUCACGCCUCCUCAGGUUUUUAUUAUUAUUCACAUAUCAGGCGAAACGCACAAUGACUUCUAACACUGUUACCAUGACGACCUCGUGUUCACAGUGAUGGUCAGCUGUGAUUUAAGUUCACCUGCAUUGAAUGUAUGAAUUUAUACGAAAUUAAUUUAAUAAGACUUUUAUCUUUUUUGAUUUGUUUUUAUUUAAAAAAAUAAUGCCGUCAUCAUAAUAAUAAUACUAAUAAUAAUGUUCAUCCAGAAUCAUUUAUUGAUCCGUGGUAGAUUUCCUAGAAGUGUAUUUUAGUUAAAGGACAAUGUCGAAAACAAUGACUACGUUUACAUGCACACUAAUAUUCCGACUAUGACAAUAUUCAAAAUGUGAUUAUUGUGAAACAUCAUAUUCCGGUUUGAUAUUCUGAGUUAGGUCUCAUUCCAAAUGCAUCAUCUUCAGAUUAAAACGUGUGGUAUGUUGAUAUUGUUCAUGUUUUAAGAAUAUUGUGUAUUUUUCAGAAUAAGAUUUUUUUUGUGCAUGUAGACGUAUUUAUUGAUGCAUAUAUUUAUUUAUAAUAGUAUUAUGAUGAAAAAUAAGAGUAUUCAUACCAAGAGUUGGAUGAGAUUGACAUCACUCUGUUAUCAGUCUUUUAGCUUAGCUUAGCUUAGCAUAAAGACUGGAAACAGGGAAGCAGCUCAGUCCAGAAGUAACGAGAUCUGUUUGUGCAGAUAAUCAAAAAAAUGACACUUUAUUCUUUUAACAGGGUUUAUAAGUAAAAAGUGUUUCUUCCUGUGCAGUGACUAUUUUUUUAAGCUUUAAAGGUGCUGCAAGUCAGAUUUUUUUUAAAACGUUAAGAGAGAGCCAGGCUAGCUUUAUGCUAAGCUAAGAUAACCUGCUGCAUUUCACCCAGAAUGUCAAACUGGUCCUUUUUUUAACUGGAAUUGAUCGUCUGUAAAUGUGCAAUAUUGGGGAUUAUUUAAAGUGAUUAGGUGGAGGUUCAAUAGCUGAAAGGUUGAAGGGAUGUUUUAUAAUUUCUUGAAACAUUCCUCCACAUAUUAACUGUGACAAUAAUAAACAUUAAUUAAAAUAUUCUUCAGUGGAAGAGUAAACAUUCAGAACUCAACAUGUUUCUGCUCUUUAAUCUGCGUUCACACAGAAGCUUCACAUGCAGUGAACAUGAACACACCUCUAUUUAUCUCCUCCUCCUCCUCCUCCUCCUGCCUUCAUCACUGUCAACCGUCUGUUUGGUGCCAAAUGUAACAGAUCACUUGAGAUCACUUUUUAAUAACGACAUCAUUCCUGGGAACGGAGGAGACGUCUGAGAAGACACGAUGAGAUCUCCUCCGAUCUAAAGGAUGUAUUUAUUUUCAUAAAGUCUUUGUAUGUUUUAUUGUUUUGGAUAAAUAAAGAUUGUUGUUCCUGGA